UCUCACCUCUCAACUUCAUAUACUAUUUCAUGGUAUUCCCACAUGACAAGUGUAACCGGGACGAUAUUGGCUCUGCCCCUGUGCAGCAUCUAAUCCUAUUCUGUCUUUGCAAGAACUAGAGCAUUUUGUUCCGCAGACCCUUUUUUCUUCAGGGCACAGAGAGUCGGAGAGCUUUGUACAGAGCUCUAGAACGUGGCCCAAAACAAUGAACUGCACACUCCACCGCCUCCUCCUGUCAUCCACCACCCUCGCCCUCAUCGUUUUCCAUGUUGCCGCCUCCCUCUCUGCCUAUCCCGUGGUUCCGGGUGCCGACACCGGCGAGUGCUCGGUCCCCGCCGGCGAAAAUCUGGUUCCGGUGCGCCGAGAAGUGUAUGGUAAUGGCAGGAUCAUCGACAUCACGCAUAGGCUCACAUCGGACCUGCCGUCCUACGAAUCGAUGGGGAGCUUGGGGCAGUUCCUUUGGCUUGCUUUCAGCAUGAAGAAUGGAUCGCUGACCAACAACUCCGAGAUGAAGCUUCCUGCUCACACGGGCACGCACGUGGAUGCUCCUGGGCAUGUGUAUGAUCAUUACUAUGAAGCGGGGUUCGACGUGGACACGCUAGACUUGGAAGUUCUUAACGCGACCAAUCGUUCCCUCUGGACCAGACUCCAUUUCGCAAGUACAAAACGGGCUCAGCUUUCUCCAACUUCCUCAUUCUUGAAAAAAGCUAACACAAUGAGCGGUAGAAACCGUUGCAUCCCCCUAUUACUACUACUAUCGAGCAUUUAUGCUCUCGCCGCGGCCUCCCUUGAUGCCUAUCCUUCUGUUCCUGGCCUCGAUGCUGGGGGCUGCUCCGUCCCCACUGGCGAAAAGAAUGAGAAUCUACUCUUGAUGCGAGUGUUUGGCAAUGGAAGGAUCAUUGACAUCACGCAUAGGAUCACGCCAGACUUACCCGCGUUCGACACUGAAGAGAGCUUGGGACAAUUCCUCUGGCUACUCCUCAGCAUGAAGAACGGCUCCAUCGCAAAUUUCUCGGAGAUCAAGCUUUCUGCUCACACAGGCACCCAUGUCGACGCUCCCGGGCAUGUAUUUGAUCACUAUUACGACGCUGGGUUCGACGUGGAUAGCCUAGAUUUGGAAAUUCUCAAUGGUCCAGCUUUGUUGGUUGAUGUUCCGAAGGAUAAGAAUCUCACAGCUGAAGUAAUGGAGUCUCUACAUAUUCCCAAGGGUGUGAGACGGGUGUUCUUCAGGACCCUAAAUACUGACAGGCGGCUUAUGUACAAAAAGGAAUUUGACACAAGCUAUGUGGGAUUCAUGAGAGAUGGAGCAAAAUGGUUGGUAGAGAACACAGACAUUAAACUUGUUGGAAUUGAUUACCUGUCUGUUGCUGCAUAUGAUGAUUUGAUUCCAUCCCAUCUUGUCUUCCUUGAAAGCCGGGAAAUUAUUCUUGUUGAGGGCUUGAAACUCGAAGAUGUCCCUGCAGGAGUAUAUACUGUCCAUUGUCUGCCUUUGAGAUUGCUGGGUGCAGAAGGAUCACCUAUAAGAUGCAUCCUCAUCAAAUAACUUCUUUGAGAGAGUAGAAGCCUUCCAAAGCGCCAGGUGAGAGAGGUCAUUGCACGCACGUUCUCCUCAGAAUUCAGAUGUACUUUGACCGGACAGAUUUGCAGAGGAAUUGGAACUUUAGCGGUCAUGUGAAUAUGUUUAAUUAUUGCUAUAGACAAAACAGAGGCUAUGGUUUUGUUUACAAAAAUAAUGUCACGCUUCCAAAAUAAGAUUCGUCUGGAUUGUUUCCCGUGUUUUGCAUUUCAGUUACUAUAGAGCUGCAGGCUAUUUCAGUUCGUUUGAGCAUAUU